AAACGGGCGGGGUUCCGGUUGAAGUUUACUGGAUAUCGGAAACGAUUAGUGAAGUCCAGUCCAGUGGAAUACCAAUAGAUGAGAUGUAUCAACCAUUGUAAAUUGGUGGUGCCUCAAACCUGACAUGGAAUUACUCCGGACUCUUUUGAACAGGGAAUAAAUCAGGGCUGUUUUUGACCAUGGCAACUGUGGGGGAGGAGUCAAGUCCCAGUGUCACCGCCCCUGCUGUUGCAGGCUCCGCCUCCAGUCCACAGAGUGAAGCAGUAGCCAAUGAGCUGCAAGAACUGUCUCUUCAUCCCGCCCCCAACUUGCUUCCUAUUCACGAGAGAAAGAAUGUGCUCCAACUUAAACUUCAGCAGAGACGGACUCGAGAAGAACUGGUUAGCCAGGGGAUCAUGCCACCACUGAAAAGUUCUGCGUCCUUUCAUGAGCAGAGACGAAGUUUAGAACGAGCUAGGACUGAGGACUACCUGAAGAGAAAGAUCCGCAGUCGCCCAGAGAGGUCAGAGCUGGUCAGGAUGCACAUUCUUGAAGAGACGUCAGCGGAGCCAUCUCUUCAGGCCAGACAGCUUCUGCUGAAACGAGCUCGUCUAGCUGACGACCUGAACGAUAAAAUCUCCCAGCGGCCUGGUCCGAUGGAGCUCAUUCACAAAAAUAUCCUUCCAGUUCACAGCAGCCUCAAACAAGUCAUCAUAGAGACGGAGUUUCCAAAAGUAGAAGCAGAGAACUCUUCGUUUGAUGAGGAAAGCAGUGAUGCUUUCUCACCAGAGCAGAUACUCUGUCAGGACUCUCCCCUUGGCCACGCCCACAUACCUUCUCCACCUGAGAUACCAGCCAAUGAAACAACACCAAAACAGGUCCCGCCCCCUCCUCCUCCUCCUCCUCCACCUCCGCUACCAAACGCAGCUGGCCCCGCCCCUCAGCAGAAACUAGCCAAUGGAACAACAGGCCACAAACAAGCUCCUGCACUACAAAAGGGUGGUAAAGUGAGUAGUGAGCGCCCUGCUCAGCGCUCUAAGAAAGUGAGAGACAAUAAACCAAAAGUAAAGAAGCUGAAAUAUCACCAGUAUGUUCCUCCGGACCAGAAAGCCGAGCGUGAGCCUCCGCCUCUGCUCGACUCCUCCUACGCCAAACUCCUCUAUCAACAGCAGCUCUUCCUCCAGCUUCAGAUCAUAAACCAACAGCAACAAAACUACAACUACCACACCAUCUUACCUGCUCCACCCAAGCCUCCUGCUGAUCAGCAGCUUGCCUCAGCCAAUGGCCCGUCACCAUCCAGGAAUGACAUGCAACCUCAAUCAACAUCCACUAAUCUGACUGGUCAAAAUCAACAGACCACUGCAAAUGGAGGCGGGAUUAAUAUAGGGCCUCUGCCUCCCAACCUGGAGGAGCUAAAGGUGGCAGAGCUGAAGCAGGAGUUAAAACUGCGUGGCUUAACUGUCUCGGGCACCAAAAAUGACCUUAUUGAACGGCUGAAGAAUUUUCAGGAGCAGCACGGUGGCACCAAUGCACCAACAUCUUCUAAAACCAGCACACACUCAACAGCUGCAGCAGGAGGAGACUCUUCUCUCUUCCAGUUCACAGACAGGAGCAUGGUGGUUGCUCCCUUCCCAUUUGUUGCAACUGCUGAAAGGGGUGGAGCUCAGAAGACAGCACCACAGAUAAUGCAGUUUGGCAGCACUGGCUCCUCCCCUCCGGUUUCCCCCGCCCACUCAGAGCGCUCAUCUACUGGAUUGAGCCCAGAUGAAACAAGCUGUAAUGGGGAUGCUUUUGGGGAAAUGGUGACCUCUCCUCUUACCCAGCUGUCCUUGCAGCCUUCUUCCCCUCUCCCUACAGCGAUCUGCAUUAAAGAGGAGCCCGGCAGCCGUACAUCUCCUUCCUCCUGCUGCCUGGUAUCCCAGUCUGCUGCGCCCCCCGUAGACAAAGACCAGAUGCUGCAGGAGAAAGACCGGCGCAUUCAGGAACUCACACGCAUGCUGCUGCAGAAGCAGCAGCUGGUCGAAUCGCUGCGCUCACAGCUGGAGGGCAAAGGGGUGGGCGUGCCCGUCCGAGUCAAAGAGGAACUUUCUGCUGUCACUAUGGAGGCGGUCAGGGCGACCAUAAAGGAAGAGGUCAUAGAGGUGAUGGAGGAGAGUGAGAUGGUAACAGAGCCACAGGUGUUCCCACAGGCAGAGCAGAUGCAGCAGCAGCAGCAGCAAAGGAUGCUAGCGGCAGCAGAGCUGGAGCAGGACCGGCAGCAACAGCAGCUCGUAAUGCAACAGAAUCAGCGUAACCUGCAGCAACAAGCACAUCAGAGGAAGAGGAAAACACAAAAACAACAGCACAACCAACAAAAACAACAGUUGCCUCAAGCACUUACCAACCAGCAGUCAAAUCCAGUUUCUUCAUUCCCAGUGGACGGACAUAACUCAAACUCCACCCCUACGAUAGUGACCGACUGCAAUGGCAACCAGUUCCUGCUAACUCUGUCAAAUCAAAACACAGACGCACCAGCCAGAGGCCGCCGCCCCCAGGGCAAAGUAACCAAUCAGAUCAAACUACAGAGACUACAAUCUACAUCCACAACAUUACCCAACCAAUCAGUGACUGAAUUGCCUAACAAUAACAUCCAAUCUGAACAGCCCAUACAAACUGUCAUCUUGAAACAGCCAAUCAAAAAGGCACUAAAGCCAGACCUGAACAUGACGAGCAAUUACAGAACAUCAAGCUCUACAUCCAUCUCAGCACCAGCCAAUCUCCAACAGUUCUUCUCUUCAGUGGAUUCCAUGAAUGACACCGAGCCCGUCCCCUCAUCUCCCAACAACAACAAUGAGAAGAUGUGUUUGAGUUUGGAUCAGCAUGCUUUGCGCUCUCCUUCCACCUUGUGUUCACCCAUAGCUCUUUGCCAUCAGGAAAAUGGCUGCCAUCAGCAAGUUGACGACCUGUUUGACAUCCUAAUUCAGCGUGGAGAAAUCUCUGAGAAUUUCAAAGCCACUCCUGAUCCUGUUCUCGAAAGGCUUCGGCCAAACACGCCCCUUUUCUCAAGCUCCUCCCCUCUUAAUCUUUCCCCUCCCUCUGAUAUGCCCGUCAAAACAUCGAUUUUAGAACCUCAACCUCCUUCCAUUAAGGCUCACAGCAAUUGUGACACAGGAGGUGGGCGUCUUGAAGAUUUCUUGGAAAGCACUACUGGCAAACCUUUGCUGGGAGUGGAGCCAGGAGGACCGACAACGCUAAUCGUUGACCUCCACAACCAAAUGCUCAGCACACCGAGUAUCCUAGACCACCCACGUUCCCCGAUGGAUACUUGUGACAUGAGUUUUUCCAAUCACUCAGUUUCAGAUUUGGUAGUCUCCGCCCCCGACCCUAUGGAUUGGCUGGAGCUCGGAAUGGGUGGGACCGGAGGGGAGGAGCCAGGGAUGGUACCUAUGAAUGGACACGACUCCUCUAGCUUAUUUUCUGCCGACUUUCUGGACACUUCUGAUCUGAAUUGGUCCAGUUUAUAGUGGAUUAGCUUCCUUCGCACAGUACCGCUUUUAUUUUCGUUUCCACCAGUGACUUUUCCAGUUUGGAUUCAACAAGUUUGGAUUCUCAUAAUACUAAUUUAACUUGGAUUAUGUUACAUUUUGAAGGACUUUAUCCCUCACCUUCCCUUGUACAAAUGCUCACAUCCCUUAUAACACACGUAUGGCACAGAGCAGUCUAUCUGAUAUAUUGUUUUUAUCCAGAAGCACGUUUUUUGAGCAUUUGCUUAUCUGAAACACAUUUCUAAACCUUUCCAAAUUUGGAAACGAAGAGAACAAGAUGUUUUUGUGCUUUCAUCAAUUAAAAAAUGUGAAUUGUUCUUUUAAUAAUAUGACACUUAAAACAAUGUGCUUUCUAGAUGAUGCAUUUGCUCAAAUGUUUUAGCAAUAUACGUGUGCUUAUGGAAGCAGGCAUACAGAAAAGCAGUAUCCAGUUUAUACCUCAGUUUUAGCAAAUUCAUUUACUGAGUGCACAUUUUGAAUUUAAAUUUGAAUAUGUGGCAGUAAACAAAUCGUUUUUCAAAAUUGCUUUACCAAGUAUAACAGGUCAACUUGUGCAUACUAAUUAUUUAAAACUCAAAAUAGCUACAGAAUAUGCACCUAUUUAAAGUGUUGAGCUAAUGUUGCUAAAAAAUGUAUAGCAUAAGCCAACAGAUUUCGUAACAUUUUGUAAGCAUUGACAUUUGUAUGUUAGCAUAAGCAUUUUAGUAAUACUGCUAUUACUACUACUUCUAAUAAUAAUUGUUAGUAUUAGUAUUACUAUUAUUAUUAAUAUUACAGUGUAAAAAUUUCUACCUUCACCUUAUUUUUAAAUAUAAUCAAAUUGGAGUUACAAGUCAUUUCAACUCAUUUAAAUUGUUAAACUGACUUAAAAAAAUUGAGUUGAAUCUUCUAAUUUAAAGGUUGAAAUUUGUUAAAUUAUUUUGAUUAUUUUGAAUUAUUCAUAUAAUUUUUUUUUUUACGGUGUAUUGGUUUAAUUAUUAUUAUUAUUAUUAUUAUUAUUAUUAUUAUUCAUUAAUACAAGAGACUCGAUGUGCGUAUAUCUGUGUAGCUACUAUUCACAACAUUAUCUGUUAAACAUUUUGUAGAGGUGCCAAAAAUAUUAUUUUAUGGCUACAUAGAUAGCCAGUAAGCUAUUCAAAUUCGAUUGAAUUAUAAUACAAAUGGACUAUUCUACUUUAGUUAUCUUUUUCAAUAUGGAAAGACAAGCCAUUCAAACCUUGUUUUUGCUAGCCCGUUAGCAUUUGCUAGCAUUGCCACCCGAUGAGAGCUGCCAGACGAAGUUUUGAUUGCUUAAGUUAAUAGUACAAAUUAAUUCCGAGUGCUUAACAUAGUGAGUUCUGAAGCUGAGAGUACAAAUAUUAGCCUUAUUAUUCCUUUUCCUUGCCAGGUUUACAUUAUCAAUAACCACCAAAAGAUAAAUUUGUAUCACAUUUUAGCAAACUUAAAAGAAGUAUUAAUGCUUCAUACGUUUCAGGCCCAGUAAAUAAUCCUAUAUAUUUUGCUCAAACUGCGCAUGUUAAAUACAAGAUGUGGUAAGUGCUGGGAAAUUACUUUAAGCUGCAUUAAUGUUAACGUUCUUAAAAAACAAACAUGCCUGUUCCUUUCAAAAACAUUGCGUCCCACUUAUAGCUCUGAGUGGGAAUUUUUAAAUGUUUUACUGUAAAUAUUCUGCACUGUAUAUGAACUGAAAUGUUGUAUAUGCCUAACACAGUACACAGCGUACUGUAGGUACUGCACUGUAUUUUAUCAAUACUUCUGUCUGCAAGCUGAAGUUUUGAUAAAGGAAUAUGAGCCUAAGAGAUAAUGAAUGUUUCUAAGAUGAUUUGAAUGUAUAUAUUUUUGUGUAUAGAUGAUUCUAAUCGCAUAUAAACAAGGCAUAAUCGCAUUUUCUCAAUAAGCAAAAUUCAAAUUUCAAGGACCUUCAAACACACUUAUAUUAUUACUGUUAUUCUCUUUAUGCAUUGCUUGAAUGUGCAAUUUUCAGUGUUUCGGCAUAUUGUACAUGAGCUCAGGAAUGAAUUGUGUUGUGUGCGAGAGUGUGUGGCAUAUGUGACGUCGUUUGUGGGAACAGCAUUACUGUCCGCAGUAUUCACGCUCUCCAUCUGUUUGAAAUUGCACUUACAGAGUUUUGGCUGGUGCUUCCUGUGGUUGAGCCCAAAUUGAACUUCAUGUCCACAUGGUCCCCAGUCCACCGUCCCCUGCUGUAUGCUGGAGAAUCAAACUCUUCAAUGCUUCACUGGCUGAAUGUGUUCUUUUGUGGGGCUUCAGAGCCUCUCAGGGCUUAAUAUCCUUAAAUAUUUUUUUUUAUUUUUUGGAAAAUUAAAUGUUACAAAUAAAAAUAAAUGUGUUUUGUGCUUUCCAGGGUGGAAAGGACAGUCUUGGUUAAAAAAAAAUAUAUAUUGUUAUUAUUGUGGUUGGGUUAAAAAGUAUGCACUAGGGUUGGGUCAGAAUGGUCAACUAGCACUUGACAUCCAUAUAUUCCUUACAAAUGUGUCUAGUGGAUGCGACCGUAAACCGGUCUAUUUAAAGAGCGCUUUAUUAAAGAGACAGUUCACCCAAAAAUGA